AUGAUUAUAUUGCAUGCUUCCAAUUGUUUGGAAAUCGUUCUAACACAUAAAUUAAUUUCAUUACAGCGCAACAUUGACGAUCUGGAGUACAUAGUCAUACCGGCGAGGCUAGCUAAGAAGAAGUCGGACUUCAGUUCUAUGGCCUGGGACACCACAUCGCCUACCGAUUCCGACUGCCUGAGCCCGCGGGACAUACAACACGACGUCGUCGUCCACAAAGAAAGAGACAGCUCUACUGAGAGCAGCGAGAAAGACUGCAGCAAAAGCGACAGCCCACAUUACGAACAAAUCCUCAAAUCGCGCACCGAAACUUAUACCAUCCCCGAGAAAUGCUUCAUAUCAGAUGAGGACCAAGUCGAUGACAGGCCAGUACUAAAAUACAACCACCUCCCAGAGAAAGACUUUUCUAGCGCCUGCUCGACUCCAAUAGCAAAAAUCAGGGCGCGUAUCAAAGAUAUAGGCACGCCAGGCUUACACAGAAGCGACUCCACCGAAUAUUGCAGCAUUCUAAGCCCGAACCGCACGAACCAUUUCGCGUCUAAUAACGACACUUUUAAUCUAAAUGAAAGACCCACGACGAAACUCAGCAGGAGUUUCACCCCUAAAUCGUACAAACCCCUUCACAUCAAAGUGCCGGAGUGCAAUUUGGACUCUAUCAAGGAUAUAUUGAAGGAACACAAUGGCAGUGAACGUUCGUCGUACAAUUUUGAUAUUAAAAACUACAGUUUGCCGACGACGCCGAUCGCGCGGAGCAAUAAGCUCAGGAAAAACGCGUGGCUCUCAGGCGACUUGAGUAUGACACGACAGAGCAACGAGGCGUUGCAGGAUUCAAAGAAUAGUAGUAAAGACAAAAAUGAAGAUUCGCCGCCAGACACUCCAAUGAUGUCUAAUAACACAUCGUUGGAAAAGGAUCAGCCUGUUGAAAAGACAGGUUUUCAAUAUCCCACAAAAGAAUGCUCUCCGCAAAGUGUGGAGACUCAAGACAGCUUUUCCGGACUCAGGACGGCGAAUCAAACCCAAUCGUCGCCCGAAUGCGAUGACCCGGUCCGAGAAAGAAGCAACUCCUGGUCAUUCCGCACUUCCAUGGACCGCAGCAAGUUCAAAAUGGAGGAGGACGUUCUAACAGGCGUCAACGUGAAGCCUCUGGUGGCCAUACACGAGCGCUGGAUAUACGAGGCCAACCGCAAGACCGGCCGGUCCAUGUCGCUGCCUGAGGACCACAAAUGUGCUGCAAUCCCAGCGGUGAAGCCAGCUUCCCACUGCGUGGACACGCUACAAAAGUCGCUGCCCCAGUUGAAUGCCAGGAGGCCUUCCAAGCCGUUUAGGGCUCCAACUUCGCCGGGCGUCGGGAAGACUGGUGCGCAAUGGGAACAAUUUUGCCACGCCCGCGACACAAUAGCAAAAAGUGUGAACUUCGGCUCUCGGGAUUCUGAACGAUUCCAUACUUGGAAAAAAGAUACUGACAAAGGUACUGUAACCGAAGAUGUGACGCCAAAACCAGAGCCGAAGGUGGAUCAAGCGACGGACACGCGGAGUAUCGAAGAGUUCAUUCGCGAGCUGAUCCGCAAGGAGUUCCAGCACCUUAUACAUGAGUAUUCCGACGACACGGCCACCACCGCUUCCACGGACAAAAACGAGGAUAUUCUUAACAAAGGCGUCGCGAACAUCAUGGAGAAUUUAAAGCACGACGACUGCGACCAGACCUUAAAGAAAGAGCCAAUAAAGUCGUUUUCAAGGGUCAAAAUUAACGGCAACAACAAACCGUUGUUGCAAAUAACUUUUAGCAGGUCAGGAGAGAACAGCCUGCAGGUUUUGGAUAACUGCGUGAAUGUUACCAUUUGUGACGGAGUGGGCGCGCGAGAGAAACAGAACCAGUCGAUGGAGGAAACGCUGACUGAGGACAUGCAUGUCAACUCGCUCAAGAGGUGCCAGGCUUUCAGUGCCAUUCAGGAAGCUAGAAGUACCGAGGAUUUAUACAUAGACGACGACCUAUCAACACAAAUGCAAGAGAACUUCGGCGGCAAAGUGAAGCUGAUCCCUCUGCACGGCUCGCUGCACGAGAUCCUCUGCGAGAAAGAGGACGAGUGCUGCCUCAUCAAGGUCAAGCAGGAGAACGGCUGCGACACCGUCUACUUCCGCUGCGACGCCUCCGACGACGUCGUCGACGCACCACACCCGAGAGACACCGUCGUCUUCAAACGCAGCAUAUCCCUAGUAGAAGAACGAAUCCAGCGCAUAUUCCCCAAAGAAAAACGGGCGCAGACCCCCAUCCACAUCCGACGCGCGAAAUCUAAUACGGACGCGAUGAAAACGCGCCCCAAAUCGGAAGUUUUCGCGCCGAAUAUCACGAGAGAGUCGCGAGUGCUCAGCAACAGUAGCCCGUCGUUGAUAAUGAACGAUAAAAGUGAUGAAGUCGAGGUCAAUAUAGAGAACGUGAUGAGUUACCAAGACUCGUCUUCGGAAGAAUGUCUGAAGUGUCAGGCGGAAGCGGACGACUUCGAGAUGCUUGAAAGGAAAAUAGAGGAGGAUCUCGCGAAUAGCACUCUCUCGUCACUCACUUGCGGCUGUUUGGAAAAGAUUUCUGAAGAAAACCUAUCGGUGAUCAAUGAGGAGGGCACGGACAAGGAUUGAUUGCCGGUUGACGUUUGCGUCAAAUUGGUAUUUAUAUCACAACUGUUGUAGAUUUUAAUAAUUCAAAUUCGUUGAACGAAUCAUGGUGGUGAUCGAGGUAACCUAAUUUUUACUUAUUUAAAGUGUAGAUUGAAGAUUUAUCGGUUUCAAUUUCAAAUUGUAUCGCC